AUGACACGCACACACAGACCCGCCGACGCACACAGACAAACGAUUCACAAGUUUCCCGACGCGGACGCUCGAAAAUGGAACACUGGCGCGGUGCACGCACAUCGGCGAAACGGCCAGGGUAGCUCAGCACACAGGGGCGCGCGACCAGAGCGUCAGAGCUCCCGCGCCGCCCGCCCCCGUGUACGACGUCAAAGGGCGCAGGGCGGCGCGGCGCCCCGUCGCAGUUCCACCGUCGCUGGACGGGCGAUGAGAGGCCGAUACUGGCGCACUCACACAGCCGCGCUCAGGUUUCCCGGGCCCGGGCGUAGUACUAGAGACACAUUGAUCCACAGCAGAGCGUCUGGUGGCAUCGAUUGUGCAGUUUCCUGCAACCGCGCGUUGCCCCGGCAACCGCCCACCUCCCGCCCGCCUCGCUCCGUU